GCGGGAAACAUAAAAUGGCUGAUGUGAUGUGAUAGCGCCGUUAUAGUUAUCGCUUAUCUAUCAAAAUAAUACAUUAUUUAAUAUAACAACGCUGCAUAUCUUGGCACACUAAAUAUUAAGAUGGGUAAGAAGAAGCUGAAAACUGGGAAAAAGGGAAAGAAACGUGUUAUAAGAGAAGAUGUGGAAGCCAGUACAGGUAUACCUCCCAUGGUUGAUGGACAAAUAAGGUGUUUUCUAAGGGUAUCUGUCAGUAAAAUAUUAUGGAUGACUACAAAGCCAAUUGAUAUAACUCAUGUCAAGUUAAAAUGGUGGGGAGAACAAUCAGAAGGCACAAUAUUUAGGCCAAAUGAUGUAAAGAAUCCCCACAAAUCAUUGAGUAGAACAACAGCAAGAUACGGCAUUAGAGCGGGACCCAAACAGUUUUCUGCUUAUGUUCAUGAUAUCCUUUUGAUAUAUUUAAUGUCACAUGUAUUUUAA